GAUUGCUGCGGUUGGGCGCAAUCUCUUGUGAACCAAAGGCCGUCAUCGAGUCUCCGCCCAGAUGGCCGCUGUUGGCCCAAGAUCGCCGCAUAGAUCGCUGUUCCAAGCCUACAGAAUCGCUUCAAGACCAUUCAAGACCAUCCUAGCACAUUACUGCAGUGAGGAUGUAGCCACCUCAAAUCGCAGCCACUUUGACUCGAGUGCAGCUUUCCUCGGCGCUUCAUGGUGAAAGCUAUCAUGGUCGGGCGUGAUAAUUCAAGACGAAUGAGGGUGUGGCGCGCGAAAGAGAGAGCAAGGCAUUUGUCUGUGGGUGACAUUUUUAUUUGGCAUGCAAGAGAGCAUUCGACGAUGGCUCCAAUCUUUGAAAAUUGCUACAUUUCUCAGUCUGAAGAAGACCGAGUUCAAAGUCCUAACAUUAAAGCGAAGGGAGCCCCCAUGCUCACCUCCGUGCUCGAAUCACUCCAUCAAGUUCAAUCCGGCGACGAUCAAACCGUCGUCUUUCCGACCAACGAUAUUGGGGGACUAGAUUUCUGUUGAUGGGACGGCGUACCAUCGCAUAAGCCUACAAUUGGCCAUUCUACGAAUCCUUCCAUUUUGUUUUAUCAUGGCGCCGACCUCCGCGGCAACGUCUCCGCGAGUCUUCACGCCGACCCAAGCUGCGGUCGUGGCUCUCCACGCAGCCGGAUCUUCUCCAUCCACACCUUCCCCGAAAACCCGCAGCCGCAGCGGUUCCUUCCUCCCGCUGCAGCGUUUCGAGUGCGUGCGAGUGGCCAAGAAGCUCCGUCGCGAUGGCCAUCGCUUGUACGUCGCCUCCGUCUUCCUCCACCGCAGCGAGGCGCAGCGCCGCCGCUCGGAGGGCGUGUAUAAGGUCACGCCCGCCUCCAAACUAUCGGUGGAGGCCAUGCACGCCGUAAUGAUGGCUGAGCGUCAGCCGGACUUUGUAGUGGAGCGCCGUUUCUCGGAGUUCCGCCAGUUGCGGGACCGCGUCACGGCGCUCGUAAGAGCCGAUGCAGCGCACGUGAAGACGUGCGUGGAUUGCCAGGACCUGUUGCGUGUUGUUCUCAGCCCGAAGCACCGGAAUUGGACUGUAAGGCGGAUGUGUGGCAACAAGGAGCAGCGAUUCGCGCUGCUCACAGCGUUCGUGAACGAUCUACUGAUGCUAACGAGCGGGAGUAUCACUCACGAGACGUCUGCUGUAGCUAAGCACUGUAAAGUGCGGGUUCAAGUGGCCGAGAUGUUGCAGGACUUUCUUAAGCGCGAGUACGAAGACUCGCUCGGUAUAAUUUAACGUCGAGGUAACAAGAGAAGAAAGAUGACAAGAUAUUUACACUACUAGCGGGUGUACUUGAGGUUUGUUCUACGCGGUGUGCGUGUCUUCUGGUUCAGUGUCAAAUAGGAAGUUGUGCAGCAUCUGAGGAAUAUGAGCUUGACCUGAACACACCUCGCCGCCGUCAACUGACGAGUUAUGCACGGUGAGGGCAAGCAGGUCAUUGACCAGUUUGGUGAGCUUGCGGAGUGCUCUCUCCUCGCCCAUAAGCCGCAGCGUCAACGCUUCCGGGUCGACACUGCCCAGCACAUAGAGCUCGACCAGCUCGGCGCAAAAUUCGCAGUGCGUAUAGUCGUGAGCUGACCAUGCAGCGUCGUAAAUGCCGCCCCGCAGUUGUGCGAAUUCGCCCAAGGUCUUCUCCGUUCGCACUGCCGCCUUUAGCGGUCUACGAUCCGCGCUGAUGGGGCUCUCGCUGUCUACGGAGCUACGGAAAACCUCGAUCGUGUAGAGAGCGUUGCUACGCUUGCCUUUGCGACUCGACACGCGGAUAUCCACGAUGGUCUUAAGCUUUAGCAACGCCUGUCGCCGCGCUGACACCCACGCGGGCUCGAUGGACACGGGGAUCAGCAAUUGCAGCUUGCAUUUGCUCGACAGGUUUGGCAGCAUUGUCGAGAUGAAAUCACACGCCACCACUGGGACAAAAUACUGGAAGACGCUGCGAGUGCCUGGCACAUUUGAGAAUGGCGUGGCAGGUCCCCUCGGUUGGCUUCCAAGGGCUUCAAAUGCGUAGGGCGUAGGCACGCGCAGCUACAUCUAAACAUCAACUGAACCGUGUGAUGGUCGGUGUAUACAGCGUAUACUUGUUGUGGACACAAUCAAAUGGUGCUUCGCAUCGACUUCAAUGAUGCAUCGAGAAAGCGAUUAAGUUGGAUCGAUUAUUCGGUGAUACACCUUACGACACGGACAAGAAUUGUGGACAUGGCUAGCUAUUAUCGCAGUCUAGGCAGCUUCAUUUGCUGCAUUGAAAAGGAAGGCGUGGACGAUUUGAGGUACAGUGGUCUGUCCGGAACAGCAGCCUCGAGCGUCGAUGGAGGUGUGCUGAACGGUAAGCGAAAGUAUCUCCUCCACGAACUUCUCCACUGUACGUGCUAACCGCUUGCCACCGAACAAGCCGACAAGGAAUCCGUCGGGAUUCGCCCCAAACACGACCUGGUCCAUGAACCCCGCGCAGAACUCGCAAGGUUCCGAGCGAUGCGCGUCGUGGACGAUAUUGUACACUUUGUUGCGAAGAUCCACAAACUCUAGCAACGUCCGUUCGAUCCGGACGGUCGGUCUGCGUAGCCUUGCAUCGUCCUGCACUCCUUCAUUAUCCGUACUGGUGGGGUCCGAACUCGCAGAGUCGGCGAAUACUUCGACGACGAACCAGUCUUUCUUGUCAUUUCCAGCGCGACGCACUUGAACCGCGUCGACUUUCUUGAGUUCCAGCAGUGCAUUUCGUCGAGCCGACACAAUGGAAGGUGUAAUUGUGACUGGUACCAGCAGUUGAAGGUUUGAGCCCAGCUUGUUGGAGAGCGGUGGUAACAUGGUGACACGGUGAUAAAAAGUCUUAGUUGUACGCUUGCUUCACGUUAAAACUGAAAAUGAGGUA